CGUCAGAAGACGGCCCUAUGAAUAUUGAUGCGGAGUCUGCUUCACAGAAGAACAGAAGGAGACAAGAUGGCGCCCUGUAGGAUUGUGUGAACGCGCAGAGCCGGACGGUUUGCCGGAAUUCCGUGCGGCGGAGGGACGCAUCGCCAGGAAGCAGAGGGGGCAGCCUUGUGGAUGGACCCAGAGUAGGCCAGAUGGAAACAGAAAAGGCCAACCAUGAGACGGAAGAAACUCUACAGCUAGUGCAAUUCAACUCCGUUCUUCAGCCGGAGAAGCUGGUUGCCAAACUACAGAAUGGCAGCCAGUUGGAGAUGCCAUCCCAUCAGCUCAACGGGAAUGCCGACUGUCACCACUUCAAGCGUGGUGCUGGAAUCAACCGAAUGAAGAGGCUUCACGAUAGCUGCACCAGUCCCGCUGAUGCACAGGAUGUUUUUGAUCAAGGCUCAUGCUUGACGAACGGAGAGCUGAAGCACGCGAUCUGCGAGCCAGGGCUGCAGGAGCUUCAUCAGGUCAAGAAAUUGAAAACGGACUCCAAGACGAACGAGGAGGACAAUGCACCAGCAGAGGACGCUGCUCUGGCCUCAUGGGACAAAAAAGAACAGGUGGAUAUGGAGAGUGAAGCAAUUUUGCCGGGACUUACAAAGCCUGCAGAGUUCACCUGUGACGUUCUGCUGACAGAGCAGAAGCUGGAGAAGAAAAGCUGCAGCUUCUCCAAUGGGGACAUCUUCUCACUUUCAAAGAAUAAACAGGUGCCAAUUUCCAAUGGUGCUACAGUAAACUCCUCCAUGGGGGACACGCCUGGUGAACUUUUAGAGAAGACAUUGUCUCAGUAUUACCCGGAUCAUGUGUCCAUUGCACCCCAGAGCAUCACAACACAAGAAAAUGACAUCAGGAGACCACUGGCAAGUGACAUGCCUGAACAGGCGACCCCAUCACCACCCCAUACUUCAGGUGUACCCGUUUCAUCACAAAUGUCCGUCUCAGGACAUCAGAACCAGAUACUGCUGGAUAUGUGCAACAGCAAUGUUUAUAAUGCUCCCUUUUCUGUUAAUGGGUACCCCAGUCAUGUUGGCAAAGGGCACCACCAUCAGCAGGACCAGCCCUACCCUCUCAACCCAGACAGACAGGUUCCUGAGGGAACUGGCACAGUUCCACCCACAGAAGCAGGCAAUGGCUCACAGGACCAGAAUGGUGAUGGCUGCUUCCAGCUAGCAGACCAAAAGGAGUACCUGAAGUCUAAUCAAGAGUCCUUGCCUCUCACAAUAGCACUCAAGUCCACAACUCCAAUGGAGGAGGCUGGCAGAUUUAGCCCCUUUUCCAGUGGCACUGGGGCAAGGAUUCCAGAAACAGAGGAUUCAGAGUCUAGCCACCAGUUCCAGGGUGCACAGAUGGGUCAGUGGCCUGGGCAGUAUGCAGCAACACAAACGGAUAGACCCAAACCAUCUGAGACCAGCAGCCAACAGGAGCACCAGACUUCUAUGGCACUAACUCAGCCUGAUCCACCAAAGCCCAAUGAUAUAUCUCUUAGCUCCACAGAGAAGUCAUCACCUCCAUCUUCUCUGAUAGCUAGUCAAACACCGGGCCCUGAGACAGAGAACAAAAUGCCUUUUAAUGAGGAGGCAAGGGAGGCCACAUCACAACAAGGGGGCACUUACCGCAAGGUGAACUGGAUUGAUUUGAAUUCUUCGCCACCUUCACGCCCGCUGGGCCCCCCAUGGUUGACAUGGGAAAGUCUACGCACGCGUUCGCAACACGAACCGGGGAGAAGCGCGCCAAACCAAGGUCAAUCUCCGGGCAGCGGCUCAGUGAUGAGGUUUCCUGUGGUGUUUUCCAUUCAGUCUGGCUUUCAGCAGCAGGGUAAGCAGAUGCCAGAAGCCUACAGCCCUGACCUGGCACAGUCUGAAAUGCAGUACAAUACCCCCUACACCCGUCCCGGCCAGCCAGCGCAGUCUCGAAUUCCAGGCAAUCGACAACACGUUCCUUUAGGGCGCAGUGGUUCCCCGGAGCCAGGUGAAAAUCCCUUCGGCACCCAGACACAGCGAGAGCACUUAGAUGAGCACAACCAGGAUAUAGAGGACAUCCUGUCCCCAAAUUUUCUGCAGAAGCAGCAAUCACCGCCACCUCACCCACCACAGACAGCCAUGACCCAGUGUGCCCCACAUCCAGAUGCAUCUCAACUACAGGACUCUAUUAAGAGGCGAGCUCAGACUCAUCCCUUGGAUAGAUUCAAGCUAGAGGAGUAUAUUGAAAACCAGCUUAAACCUGAUUACCAACCGCAAAAUCAGGCAGAACAACCCCAGGUAACUGGACCGAACCCAUCCUGUGGGAACAACCCGGGGAUUUUUGGGCCAAGGCCAACCAGCACACAGCCUCCUCCAAAUGACUCACUUUACGGCAGUGCAGAUGGUGCUGUGGCUCAAGACUCGACACAGCAGCAGAUGCAUUAUCCGCGGCAGCUAAGCCACACCGAGUUCCAAGAGUCACCGAUGCAACCUCAGUCUCAGUUAUCACAAGGUGCUUUAAACCCACAGCUGUCAGGGCAGUCAGCCUGCCCAAUGCAGCCCAAGGCAGAGGUGCGAGAGUCUUGCUCUCAGUUUCCACGGGGGCCACCCCCAGGAUACCCAUACGGGGACCUCCAAAGUCAUGCUGCCCUUCGGAUGCAUUUUUACCAGAGGCAGGGCCUUGCUGAUGGCCGGCCUCCGCCAAGGGGCAUCAAAAUCAAGGAUGGCCCAAGGUGUGCAGUCCCUCUGCCACAACAAGCCCAAGGAGCAGAGAAGACCACCAUGCCAUCUGUGAAGCAAGAGCCCACACAGGUACCGUGUGGACAGGGGCAGAGGAGCAGCAUAAUCGCCACCAUGGAGCAGCAGCUGAAGCAGUAUCAGCAUUCUCUGCACUUUGAGAGGACGUCUCUGGUAAUGAAGGAUCCCAGCAAGAUCAAAGUAGAGUCAUCAGGGGCAGUCACUGUCCUCUCGACCAACACAAACUUGAGUGAGGCAGAAAUAGUUGCAGCUCUGAAGAAAUCUCCAGCAGAUAGGACGCCGACAAAGAAGGAGCCUAACCUCAACCUUUUCCUUGAAUCUCCCAUGAAAUUGCUGAACACCCCUGUGAAAACUCAAUAUGACAUUCCAUCAUGCCGUUGUGUUGAGCAACUCAGCGAGAAAGAUGAAGGUCCCUACUACACACACCUCGGGACAGCACCGAAUAUCGCCAGCAUUCGGGAGCUCAUGGAAGCAAGGUUUGGACAGAAGGGGAGCUGCAUCAGGAUUGAAAAAGUUGUGUACACGGGGAAGGAAGGGAAAAGCACACAGGGGUGUCCUAUAGCUAAAUGGGUGAUUCGUAGGUCCAGUGUGGAGGAAAAGCUUCUGGUGCUGGUGCGGGAGCGGGCGGGCCACUCGUGUGCGACAGCCUGCCUGGUCGUGGCCAUCCUCCUCUGGGAGGGCAUCCCCACCAGCCUGGCCGACCGUCUCUACAGUGAGCUGAGCGAGACGCUGAGGAAACACGGAGCCCUCACCAAUCGCCGAUGCGCCCUGAAUGAGGAGAGGACGUGUGCCUGCCAGGGAUUGGACCAGGAUAUCUGUGGGGCAUCCUUCUCCUUUGGCUGCUCCUGGAGCAUGUACUACAACGGCUGCAAGUUUGCCAGGAGCAAAAUUCCCAGGAAAUUCAAACUCCUGGGAGACGACCUGAAAGAGGAGGAAAAAAUGGAGCAGAACCUACAGAAUUUGGCAACCCUAUUAGCACCCACUUACAAGCAAAUGGCCCCCGAUGCCUAUGGAAACCAGGUGGAGUAUGAGCACAGGGCUCUGGACUGCCGCCUAGGGGUGAAGGAGGGUCGCCCAUUCUCGGGGGUGACGGCCUGCCUGGACUUCUGUGCCCAUGCUCACCGAGAUCUCCACAACAUGCACAAUGGAAGCACAGUGGUCUGCACUCUGACACGGGAAGACAAUCGGGAGAUUGGGAAGAUUGCAGAUGACGAGCAGCUCCACGUGUUGCCGCUGUAUACAGUCUCCCCCACUGACGAGCAUGGCAGCGAGGAAGGCCAGCAGGCCAAGAUGAAGUCGGGUGCCAUCCAGGUGCUGAGCUCCUUCCGUCGACAAGUGCGCAUGCUCGCUGAACCGGCAAAGUCGUGCCGGCAGAAGAAGCUGGAUGCUCGGAGGACAGCGGCAAACAAGCCGUCCAAUCCCGAUGCAGCUAACACCAAGGCGGAAAAGACCCUCCAAGCAAAACUCAAGCAAGGCACUUACGAAAACCCUGGUCAAAGCACUCCUGUGUCAGGUUCUCUUCCGGGUCAGGGUCAAAUGGUAACCCCCCAGCCUGCUCAUCAAGCACACCCUCCUGCCAUUCAACAGCAGCAACAGCAACAGCAGCCCCAGCAAACCCAUCCCCACCCCUACCCUGGGUCUCCCCAUCCAGCCAGCUACCCAAGGUUUGCCAAUCAUGUAGAUUCCUUUCCUAGCACUUCUCAGACAGCAAACACAAUAUAUCCGCAGUCCUCAGUAUCUAGUAGCCCUUACUCUGGCCCUUUGCCUGCACCAAACACUUACCUGAAUGGAUCAAAUCCUGCAAACUCUUACCCUGGUAAUCCUCAGAACCCCAGCAGCCUUUAUCCAGGAUACUUCUGCAGAGGUAGUAUGCCCAUGGACAGCUUCCACCCAUAUUAUGGCUCGAACCCAAAGCACCUUGACAUGUACCGGCUUCAGAGGCCCCAGCUAUACCCACAACAGCAGUACGGUGCUCAUCAGGCCUAUGGGGUUAGCCUCCCUGCCCGGUACAGCGAGUCAGGUUUACAAGCGAAUGGUUACGGUGGCUCUGCCACCAAAUCCAGCAUUCAUCCCAUGGGUUACCCAACGUAUAGUCCCAAUGGUAGUCCUAAUCCCCAGCUCCUGGAAGCUAUCUCUCGACCUCCUCUGGAGCAUCCAAACCUGGAUUAUGCCAACACAAUGAGCAAAGGCAUGCAAUAUGGUGCAUACCCUAAUCCCUACCUUGCUCAGAACUCUACCAUGUUCUCCCCAGGCCAAGGUCCACUUAAUAUGCAAAACAAACCCAAUGCAAACUUGCACAGCAUUAGUGCUAUCCCUCAGGUGCUUCCACCUCCCGGUAGGGAAUGCCCAACCCCCACACAACCAGGAUGUGGGCUCCCUAAUGGAAAUGCCCAAGAAACCCAAAUAAAACAAGAGCCUGGACCACAACCUCCAGAUCCCAAACAGAAGGAGGAUGUGUGGUCAGACAAUGAGCACAACUUCCUGGACCCAGAGAUCGGGGGUGUGGCAAUAGCCCCCAGUCAUGGCUCCAUCCUCAUUGAGUGCGCCAAGCGGGAACUGCAUGCCACCACACCCGUGAAGAACCCCAACCGGAACCACCCCACCCGCAUCUCACUGGUCUUCUACCAGCACAAGAACAUGAAUGAGGCCAAGCACGGGUUGGCGCUGUGGGAGGCCAAGAUGGCCGAGAAGGCGAGGGAGAAGGAGGAGGAGGCUGAGAAGCAUGGUGCCGAAAGUGCACCAAGCAAAAGCAAGAAGGUCAAACGGGAACAUUCCGAAACGGUGGAACAUGGAGAACCCCCGUACAAGCGCUUCAUUCAGACUCUCAACCAGAGGUCCAUGUCUUGCACCACAAACACGUAUGUCAGUACAGCUCCCUAUGCUUACUCCAAGAUCACUGGGCCUUACAACCGCUUCAUUUAAUCGGUUACCUGGGUUUACGGUAAAUGGACACAGGGCUGUCACGCCUGUACUAUGGGUGCUGUGUCACAUCGAGACCUCAGUGUCUCUAUGUAGUUGCCUACUUCAUAAGAGUGGCUGCAUUUCUGUGUCCAAUAUGGAUCUGCGAAAAGGGUUUAACUAAUUGCAAAAUACUGUAGAAUACACAGUUUGCUCAGCUAGAAUCAGGUCUCCCUCUGAUGUUUAAGCUUUACUAACAAAUAUUUAUGGCAGUAUUUAUUUUGUUUUCAUAAUUUUACACAACAUACUGUACCGAACUUCUGGUGCUCUGUGUCCUAUACAUCAGGACGUAUAUUACUGGAAACAAAGUUUCAAUUUGGUGGCUUUAAUUUUUUUUUAACUAAAUAGAUAUCUUAAAGUAAAAUGGCAUAGAGUUCUGAUUUCAUGGAUUAUCUGAUUCAUGGUGCUAAAAAUUGAAGUGUGUCUUUAAAAUUUGCCUUCAUAAAUGUAUGAAUAUCUGUUUGUAUGUUACUCUUUAAGGUGAACAAGCAGUUCUUUCGAGUGACGUUUUCUACAAUUUACAGAUAACGUAACAUAUGCGUGUUCUAAAGCACUUUGGCUUUCGUCGAAGGUAAAAAUGUUUUGAUCUUACCUUCAAAUCACAUGAUUGCGUUUUAAUGUCGGAAGUGUGAGUUGGACCGUGGGCAUCCAGGUUCGUUUUCAUUGUUGGCACAGUAUAAUUACAUUUAGGUCGUAUGUUACAGCUGGGAUGGCACUGGAUGCAAUUUUCACACAAGCGUUUAUCAUGGUGCUUCUUUGACAUUUGAAAAAUUAGAAUUUACAUUUCCUUAAAUACAUUUGUGAGCCAUUCUAAAGGUGCGUUUUUCAGAACAGUAAUAUUUUAAAGACAUAGUGAUCACCAGCGUGUUUGCUCUGCAAUUCUUUCACUUCUUUGUAAAAAAUAAUUAAAAAAAAAAAAAAAAACAGUUUUGUGGCUGACCGCAGGGAGAUGCUAGAGCCAGUGUGUUUGCAGUACUACAUCUCCCAGAAUGCCACGAUAAACACGUGCAGCUGUAGAACUUCAGAGAACGAAUCACGGCAACGAAUCUGACCUCUGGCUUAACAGUUACACAAAUUAUGUGGUUAUUAAAGAAGGUUCUCAUUUUUUUUUGCUGCAUAGUGAGGUCCGUGGAACAGGGUUUUCUGUAUUUGUGAUGAUUUUACUGGCAGCUGUCCUGCUGUGGGGUCUUAAUCAUUGUAGGUUAGUUGUAUAAAAAAGUAAAAACUUUGUACAGUAAAUUAAAACUAUUAAAUUUACGCUUUAGAUUUUAGUACUGUAAAGUAAUAUUUCAUUGGGUUUUAGCUGAUUUUGUUUCAAAUGGUGCUAUUCAACCUGCUAUGAACCGUGUACAAUGUGAGAAUUUUUGUCAGAAUGAUGGUUAAUGAAAGGUAUGCCUACUUGUCAUAUACCUCAGAACUAUUUUGGCAAUAUGAUUAUGAUAAAGAUUAAGCUUUUUUUCCCACCAUGAUCUUCAUAAAACACACCAAUGAAACUUCAUGUUUAUCAUGCAUCUUCACGUGCAAAUGUUCAGAAAGUAAAGGCGAAAUUUGUAUUUUUUAAGCAACAUCAGGGAUAUUUCAACACAGUCUUCGUCUGCCGAGAUCACUUGUGUUCAUCCCACCUUUUCCAUUCGUCCAGGGAUUUGACUUCUGUCUUUUAAAACCCCUCAACUGUAAAUAUUUCAAUGAAAAAAAAAAAGUUUUGUUUUUCAAGAGAGAAGCUAGUGGAAAGUAGCCUUGUCCUUGUGUUUUAGUAUAUCUGUUUGCAUAUUUUCAAGGUGCAACCUGAACAUACUUGCACUGACUUGACAAAAAGGGAAAAGUGUGGCUUUGACUAAACAGUGGUAUGAUGACUUUUAUUAAUGAAUAAAGCCCAGGGCAGUUUUAACAGAAAAUGCACACUGCCAGUGUAUAGGUAAAGCAGAAAUUAUUUAUAACCACUAGAUAAUUAGCUUAGUGGGCUAAGUCUCUGUGCCUGUGAUUGGAAGGUUGCUGGUUCGAGUGGUUCUUCAGCAGGACCCUUAACCCCCAGCUCCCUGGGUGGCUGCCUUUGGUGGCCAGUUUGCUCUCAUCUACAGAGAGCAAGUUGGGGGAGGCGUGAAAAGAAUUUCCAUAGGGGGAUCAAUAAGAAGUAUCUAUUAUUUGACACAUGCUUUUCUCUUUACAAUUCAUUGUGAUUUUGGACGGACAGCGGUUCUGUGUAACAAGAGUCCCAUCUGGAAACAUUUAUACACAAAACUUUUUCUGAAAGCACUUCAUUUAUUUUCAGAAAGAAUUUGAAAUGAAAAUUAAAACACUAUCUACAAUAAAAAGGUAGUUUAAUGUAAAUGUGUGUUAAAUGCCACAAUGUAUAUAUAUCACAUAAUUUUAAAUUUUAAUUUUGAAACCCUUUGAUUGUUAUACAGUAUGUCAGUAUGGAGAGGCUUAAAUGUCUGACCUACCCCAAGGACUUCACUUGCAAAAUAAUACAACAUAGAUCAAUCCCUAAAGUUAAUAUUAUUAUUAUUAUUAUUAAUAUAACAUGACGUACGGCUGUCCGUAUCCGUGAAAUAGAGGCAUGACAAAAAAAAAUCUGUCACAAUAUAUUGACAUUUUCAGUACUAGGUCACAGCUACUUAGAUCAAUUUGAUAAGUUUUCAUAAAAAUCUUUGGUAACACUUUACUUACCACCAUGUUCUUAGUAAUUUAUAAACACAUAACAAAUAAUGAUGCAUUCAUAAAGCAUUAUAAACAUGGCUAUAAAUAUUUCUCAAAAGGCAUAACAUAUAUAUCCUUGUGUAUUAUGCAUUACGAAUGCUUUAUGAAGCUCUCAUCUAUAAUGCACUAUAGAUACCUUUAUAACACAUUAUAUUGGUUGGUAUAAGCAUUAAUGAUGCUUUGAACUGCAUUGUAAAGGUAUCUAUAAUGCAUUAUAAAUGAAAGCUUCAUAAGGCAUUCAUAAUGCAUAGUAAACAUGGCAAUAAUGUGUUAUGCCUUUUUAUAAAUAUAGCCGUGUUUAUAAUGCUUUAUGAAUGUGUUAUCAUGCAUUAUGAAUGUAUUCAUAAAUUACUAAAAAAAAAAAGGCAUCAAAGUGUUACCAAAACGGUUUUUUGCCUGUUUGGUGAGACAAUGAAAUGUAACGCUCUAUGUAAGGGAGUGUGGCGGCAGGUUUGCGGUGGACCAAGGAAGGAUUUGGAGGACAAGGUGGGUAUUUAGCAUCGUCAUACUUGAAGUGACUGGAGUCAACAUUACUUGAAUGACUAUGAGGUUGACUAAAGUGGGCGAGCUCUCACGUUAAGCUAGCAGUCAUUGUACACAAGUGUCUGUAUUUAGCAGUUAGACACUAAAUGAGGAAAAAAAAAAAAAAGAUACGCAAAUUUAUGUUAUUUACAGUUUCUUUCCCUUAUUUUCUACUGCUUCUCUUGUUCCCCCUGAUGUUUGGUAUGAUACACAAUGAAAUUACGGACAGAUAUAAAUACUGUAAGUAUUGUAAUGUAUUGAAUGCAGUUUAUUUGAAAGCUGUUUAUUGUAUCAUUACUGAUAUUGCUGAGAUGUGGGUGUUUUUAAUAAAAUUUAUAUUUAUUUAAAGCA